UUGUUUCUCUUCCUCGCCCCAGCCCUUGCCGAUGUCCAUGCCGACUUCAGCUUCUACCCUGUCGGCGCCCAAUCCUGUCUGAGCCAAGCCGCCACGACGUCAAAAUGCGACGGCUCGACCGUUAUGGACCUCAACACCUGUCUAUGUGGCAACUGGGGCAACUUUGUUAUCCUGUCCGCCAUAUGCAUUGGCAAGAACGACAAGGCGGAUGCGGUGCCCGUGUAUAAGACGAUGGUCUCUGCGUGUGCCGACUCCAACACGCCGCUGGUCGUGGCCCCGAAGGAGUUUUACGGCGCCGUCAACGGCACGGUCUCGACGACGACAACAGCGGCGACAACAAUGACGACGUCGACGACGACGAGCACGACGAACACGGCGACGACCACCGUGACGCCGACGGGCUCCAGCACCGCGGCGCCCGUCAGCGAGAACCUCUCGACCGGCGCGACAAUCGGCAUCGCCCUGGGCGCGUCCUUUGGCGGCGUGGGCGCCAUCGCAGGCCUCGUCUACUUUCUGCUCCGCCGCUCCAAGAAGCAGGGCGAGGAGGCCCGCCCCAUGCUGCUGCCCAAUUCCAACGAGGAGGCCCGCUUCAGCAGCCAGCCGCCGCUCCCCGAUCCGUACCGGUACUCGGCGGCGACGUGGGAUGCGACGCAGGGCGCGUAUCAGGGGCCGUAUGCGCCUCCGGAUGGCGCCGUGGAGCUGCCGCCGCAGACGGCGAGUAUGGGCAUGGUGUUUGAGAUGGAUGCGACGGUUACGCAGCCGUUG